UCGACCAAUCACUCGUUCUCUAACCACCAAACUCCGCGCUACCAACAACCCCCUCCUUAUUUUACUCAGUGAACUACAACCCGCCACCCUCGAUAGGAACUCGUGCCUCGUGACAACCUCGUGGUGGUUGCUUCUUCUUACCAGAGAUUUUUCUCAUUUCAAAAGAGAAGAUUUGCUUGAAGAUUUCCAACGCUAAAAUGUCGACGUCUAAAAAUUUUCUUCGGCGAUGCAUCAUCUUCAUCCCUCUCUUCGUUUGUUAUGCUCACGCAUGGUCGGACAUGUUCGACGAUGUUGAUUGCGAAAAGUUUCCCUUUUACCCUACAUGUCGAGGUCAGAUGUUGACAAAACGGAUGAAUGCAAUUGGAGUUUAUAAGGAAUGCGAUGAAUCUAAAAGGGAUAGAAAUUGUUUGAACGGCGAAAUGAAAUCGCACGAAACUAAUCGACACUUUGUCUCGAAUCCAAGAUCGAAAUUUUGGAAAAGCCUUCUCGAGAGCGGGAUCAGCCUAAAUGCCAUCCAUGACAUCUACGAUUCGGAUUACGAUAGACAAUCGAAAAAAAAGAAGUACAACAACCAAAGAAUACCACUGAUCGACGCGAUCUUUCUAUCAGACUUGACCAACUCGAACGACUAUUAAUUUGAAAAAUGCCGAAAUAAAUGUCACGUGUUACGCUCAAAUAUUUCACAAAAUUCUAAUUUUCUAUAAAUGCCUUACUCUCUUGCUCACAUUUCAUACAUUGACUUUUUAACUUAUUUACAUAUUCAAAUCUAUGUACUUUUAUUUACUCGUGUAUGUGCAUGUAAACAUUUGAAAAUUAAAAGAAACGUAUGGAUUUUCUUGAAAAAUACAUCGAAUAAGAAGAAAAA